UAUCGCCGUCUGAACCUCCCUCCCUAUCUCUCUAAACUAGGGUCGCAGCUAGGGUUUUACACAGUUCACGCUUCACCCCACAAAAUGAAGACGAUCCUCUCCUCCGACACCAUGGACAUUCCCGACGGCAUCAAGAUCAAGGUCAAGGCCAAGGUGAUCGAAGUCGAGGGGCCCAGGGGCAUGAUCUCGAAGAAUUUCAAGCAUCUGAAUCUCGAUUUCCAGCUCAUCACCGAUGAGGAGACCGGGAAGAAGAAGCUGAAGAUCGAUGCCUGGUUCGGCAGCCAGAAAACCACCGCCUCCAUCCGCACGGCGCUCAGCCACGUCAACAACCUAAUCAACGGUGUUACCAAGGGAUACCGCUACAAGAUGAGAUUCGUGUAUGCUCAUUUCCCUAUCAACGCCUCCAUCACUAACAACGGAACCGCCAUUGAGAUCCGAAACUUUCUCGGGGAGAAGAAGGUGAGGAAGGUUGAUAUGCUUGAGGGAGUGUCGAUUGUGCGAUCUGAGAAGGUCAAGGAUGAGUUGGUGUUGGAGGGGAAUGACAUUGAGCUUGUUUCUAGGUUUUGUGCCUUGAUAAACCAGAAAUGCCAUGUCAAGAACAAGGAUAUCAGGAAGUUCCUUGCCGGUAUCUAUGUCAGUGAGAAGGGAGCCAUUGCUGUUGAGGAAUGAAGUUAGAAAUUUAUGUUUUAAU